CGAUUAUAUCGAGUCUAGCAAGUACACAAUGUUUUGGAAGUACGGAGUGAUACUAACGACUAUUGGUAGUACUCUACCUUCCGUUUGAUCAGAGACUUGCAACAAUGCAGUAUGUGUUGGAGCCACUAGCCCAAUCAGGCCUUAGCGUCAGGUGUACCUUUUCGCCACCCACCUUCAACAACUACUCACUCGAUACCAGUGCCCUUGCAGCACAAUCCUCAUGCCCUCAACUCUGACCCGCGCCAUCUCACCUCCACCUCGACAAACAAAACGUCGAAAACAAUCAGAGACUGCACAUGCGACUCGGCAGCGACAAAAUGACGCAAACCAUCCGCUCUCGACCCCACCAGAGCACACGCUAGCGGCCGUGGAGGCAGGCAGAGUCAGAAUCGAAGGGCAUCUAGAGUAUUUCAAAGAACGUCUAUCGAAAGUAUGUCGGCCUGUGGAAGAGGGUGUACCCAAUAUCUCGAUCGAGGAUUGGGCAAGAUUGUAUAAGGGGUGUGAGUAUGAGUGUGGGAAUCACUUUGUGGUGCAUCAGCAUAACCAUCCGGUUUCGGGUGUGCAUUAUGAUCUCCGCUUACAGUUUUCGGAAACAAGCAGCAUGUCAUUCGCUGUGCCCAAAGGCCUGCCGGGGAACCCGAAUUCCAAGAGCUUGGGGAGGAUGGCGAUUGAGACAAGAGUGCAUAAUCUAUGGAACCACCUCAUCGAAUCCGCAUCCACGAGGACAGGCUCACUUCUCAUCUGGGACACUGGGAAAUACACAGUCUUGCCUCGGAAGAAAUCAUCCAAUAGACCCCCAUCGCUGCAGACCACGGACGAGGAUUCAAAUACCGAUCUCGAAGACCAGAGUAGCCGAGAGGACGAGGCUAGAAACGAGAACGAGAGGCUCAUCGACGCCUUCAAAGCACGCUACAUUCGCCUCCGCCUCAACGGCGCAAGGCUCCCCAAGGAUUACACCAUCACUUUGCGCCUCCCCUCCGCUAAGAACGUGUCUAAACCGCGGCCCGCGAAGAGAAAAAGACCGAGAAAACCUAAAGCGAAGAAUGCACCCCAGUCCACCGACUCUGAACCGGAAGACACAGACAAGGGCGCAGAGUUGCCACCGGAAGACGCGCAAGACAUCGAUACAGACUCCAGCGAAGACGCCCACAUACGCCUUACCAACGCGUAUCCCGGCUCCACGAACAGCAUAGGCUCUGUGCAUCAGCGGGCGUGGUUCAUCCUGCUGGACCGGGCAUCGAGCGGAUUCGUGCAGGACAGUGAGACGGGGAAGUGGGUCAGCCGAGAAGGUAGCGGGUUUGAACCAUUUCUUGUGCUGGGGAGGGAUGUCGAGAGGAGCGUUGUUACAGGGCGGUUGGCGAGGGAGGUAGAGGGUGAUGAAGGGGUGGAGGGUUUUGUUGGGAGGGGGGGAUGGGUGGGGAUUACUAGAUGA